AUGAUACUGAGGUUGGAUGCAGCGGUGGCAGAGGAAAAGGAAGGAGUGGCGGAAGAUCCGGUGGUUGGGAAGGAUUACUUGAAAGAAGAGUGUUGCGGGAGAGCUGUUCUUGUGAGUCCUAACGAUGGGAAUGUUCUUGCCAUGUACGCAGAGCUUGUGUGGAUGAUUCAUAAGGAUUUGUCACGUGCUGAGUCUAACUUCAAUUGA